CGAGUUGAUAUGAAAUCUGUCCUUUCUUCCGGUCCUCCUUGGCGAGUACACAAGAUUUGUUUACUUGUGGCCAAAAAAUCGUAGAUCAUCGCCAAAAUGAUUGUAUUCCAGGACUUGAUCACAGGAGAUGAGCUCUUCACAGAUGCCUAUGACUACAAGAUAAAAGAUGACUUUUUCUAUGAGGUUGAGGGAAAAAUUGUCACAGUCAGCAAAGGGGCAGGGGACAUCAACAUCGGAGCUAACCCAUCAGCUGAGGGUGGAGACGACGAAGGUGUAGAUGACUCCGCAAACACUGAGUCAGGGUGUAACAUUGUACUGGGCAGUAAAUUACAACCAACACAGUUUGACAAGAAAAGUUACCAACAGUAUAUUAAAGAUUAUAUGAAGGCGAUUAAGGCCAAAAUAACAGAAAAAGAUGGACCUGAAGCAGCUGAUGCAUUUGCCAAGAAAGCACAGACCAGUGUCAAAGAGAUUCUAGGAAACUUUAAAAACUUUGAAUUUUUUCUUGGUGAAAGCCAGAACCCUGAUGGACAUGUAGCUCUACUGGACUACCGAGAGGACGGAAUCACCCCCUACAUGCUGUUCUUUAAGGAUGGAAUUAGAGCAGAAAAAUAUUGAACAAGUCAAAAAUUAAAUCAUUUAAAAGGAUCAGAAACAUCCAAAAAAGGUGACAUUCAGGACUUUCUUCAAAUAUGUGGAAAAUUUUAUUGGAAUUCUUCAAACUUUGGACCUGAGCAUUAUUUGAUUCUGCUUGUGUCCCAUUGUGACAUCACUCCUAGUCUCAUGGUAAUCGGGUACGGGUUUUCAGGCCUUUAUUUAUUUGUUGACACAGUAAAAUAUGAUAUUGUGAGACUAAAGAUAUACAACUGUGAUACAUUAAAUGGGACUGUUCUUAAUUAACGCAUGUUUGUUGGCUUAUGUCAAAGCUGCAAUAUAAUGUAUAUGAUUAUACAAUAAAAUUUUUAAAAUACA